AUUUCAUUCAGUCAUGUCUCAUCGAUGGUCCAUUAUCAGUUGUUAGGCCAAAAGCUAUACUAUCCUAUUCUUAUAAUUUAUUGUUAACUAUUAUUAUCAUCAUCAAUAUCAUCAUAUCACAUUACAUAUGAUCACAUGAUUGGUCGUGUAGUGUGGGGGGACAUCUUCUCUCAUACGCCAAUAUGCCUAAUUAAUUAAUUAACCUUUCUCUAUAUAUAAGACGUUAGUUUUGGCUCAAGCCAUAACAUAUUUCCAAAGUUAUAUACUAUAUUUGAUCUUCUUGAACUCUUUCUCUCUUCUCACAAAUGGCGUCUACGCAAUAUGGUUUUGAACAUCAAGGCGGCAUGGAGAUUAUCAACGAUGAGCUUAUCUUGUCGUUUUUGGAAGAAGAAUCGCCCGUCGAAAAUCAUAGUAGCAUCAACAAAGAGGAAGAAGAGAAACUAAACCGUGUGAUUAGGUCGCUAGAAGUGGAGAUCAACAUGAGUUCUCCAACCAUAGAAGCUAGGAAAAUGAAUAUGCAACAGACGAUAUCCGGUCUUGAAGAUGAUUUUGGGUGGCUUAACGACUUUGAUAUUGGUAUGAUUUCGUUGCAAAAUGAUGAUGAGAUGAUGAAUUGGUGUACGGAACUUUCUUACAUGGAUGGUGUGGUAGAUAGUGGUGUUCUUGAGAUUGAAGGUGGUGAUUAUUAUUCUCAUAUUAACUAUGCACUCACAUUUGAGGAACCAACUCUUUCUCUAUGGCAAGAGAAUAAUGAUGUAGUUAUGUAUUGAUUGAUUUCGUGAAGUCAUAAUAUAACAAAGGCUGUUUCGUAAUCCGUUAACCCCCAAAAAAAGAAGGAAUAAGAGGCUGUUUCAUUAAUCUUUAACAAAUUAAAAGGAAAGAAGAAAGGGAGGCUGUUUUAAUCAGUUAUCUAAUCUUUUAAAUUUUAUGUAUGUAUUCGUAAAUGUUAUGUAUGUUGACGUUACAUGUUUUUAUAUAUAUAUAUAUAUAUUAUGAUUGUUGAGAAAGCAAUACCAAUAUACAUAGAAUUAUUUUAAAAGAUUCUCGUGAUUAUCAAGACUAGCAUGCAUCAAGAUGUAACUGUAGCGGCCGGAUGCAAACAUAUGAAAGUUCAAAUGUUUUUUGUUUUUUGUUUUUAAUGAUUAAUGUUUUU